AUCAUAACGGCUCCCGUGGAUCUCCUACAGGGAAAUUACACAGCUGGGAGCGUCUGACUCAUAACGAACCACCAAUUUUGGCGCAAACGGAGCAAGCCCAAAAUCACCGUUUUCAUUGAGACAGACAGGAGUCGGUUCGUUGAACUGUUUUGCUCUUUUUAACACGUGGAGGCGUCAGUGAAUGGGACAUUUUGCAGGUUUUGCAACACCGAGCGGGAAAAUGACUUGUUUACUGAGGCGUCGUGUGAUUGAGAAUUUUCCAUAGUUUUGAGGCGCCCAUCGUGCGCAGGGACUGUUAAUGGUGCUCAUUAUCAUUUGACUGUAUUCAUGUGUGUGAUGGAGAGAGAGAGAGAGAGAGACUCAAUCUACCAUCUACUCGAUUCACGGAGUGCGCGUCUGAGAGCAAUGGUCUGUAAAGUUGGAUGGAAAUAUGAACGCGCCUCAUAACCAAAUGAUUUCUUUAAUUAGUUAAGCGAUAAGACUAGUCUGUUUGCAUUGACAGACAGUAAUCUGUAUAUGAAACGUAUGUCUGUGUUUAAUUAUAGGUGGAAAGGUAAGAGAAUUUAGUUGAAUUUGGCGCGGAGCGCGUGGGAGGCAUUGGCGAGUACAGUCUCAAUUCCGCGCUGAGAUGUUAAAGAGCGUACACGCGCUCGACAGUUUGCCAUGAUGUCUCGAGUUCAGUCGAUGGUGUCGCAGAGGAAUCUCUAUCCAAAAUACACCUCAUCGACGUUUUAACGGCUGAAUACGGCGCGUUACUGUUGUUUUCUCCAAAAGGAUGCGAUAUUGACGGAAUCCCCCUCGGAGGCGGCACACGGACCUGUUCCACAAGCUCCACUGCGGAAAGCACUCGAGUCUCAGAAAAAAAAAAAAAUUACAGAAAUAUUAAGGUGAAAAAUCCAUGUUGUCGUUGUAUGUCGUUUUUUUCCUUUUUCUGGUUAAUCCCUGUAAGGAAUGGACUCGGUAAACACAAGGACACCGGUGGAAUUACGCCGUUAAGAGCGCUGAACUUGACGGAUUUGUUUAUAAAGAAAGAUCAAGGUUACACGAUGAAGACUACUGAGGACGCGGUUUAAUUUCUUGACUGGUGUGUUGAAAAUGCAUAACGGGGAUAUUAGAACAUUGAACACUUAAGCUCCUGUCAAGGUGGUUCGCCGAAGGUCUGGGAAAAAAAUGCGCCGAGAAACGCGCCUUCUCUGUGAGGAAAUCUUCGUGGAUCACAUUCACAGGACAUCGGUCAGUUUCACAGAUGGCACAUUUCAACCACGGCGAGUCUUCUUCACUGACACCUCGUGACACGCAAGGGGCUGAAGCCAGGAAUGAUGGGAGCUGUAGUCUGCUUGAUGGUCUUAUGGGCUUUGCUGGGUUGGUCGCAGGCCGCAGAGAAGCCUCCAUCCCUGAGUGUAGCUGUGAUACUGGGCCAAACCCCCACCGUAUCCGAAUCAGCCCUGCGUCCGGCUCGUGGGAUAGGUGCGCCUCUGGAUGUGACUGUUCUCAGCAUCCAGGUGAACCAGACGGACCCAGGAAGCAUGCUUGCACACCUGUGUGAGCUCAUGUCCCGACAGAGACUGCACGGGCUGGUCUAUGGAGACGGCACGGACCAGGAAUCCGUGGCACAGAUGCUGGACUUUGUUUCCUCUCAGACUUCCAUGCCCAUACUGGGAAUCCAUGGCGGCUCUGCCAUGACAAUGGCCGAAAAGGAUGCCAGUUCUUCGUUUUUCCAGUUCGGGGCCUCCCUCCAGCAGGAAGCGCUGUUGAUGCUUGCUAUAAUGGAGGAGUACGACUGGCACGUCUUCUCGGUGGUCACCACCAAGUUCCCAGGUUUCCAGGAGUUCAUUGCCACCGUCCGCGUCACCGUGGACCACAGCUUCAUUCGUUGGGACCUUCAGAGCGUAGUGACGCUAGACGGCGUCGGCGAACCGGAGGACCGAGCCCAUGUGCAGCUUAAACGUAUCCAGUCGCCCGUCAUCCUCCUCUACUGCUCCAAAGACGAAGCGGCGUUGGUUAUGGAGGAAGCCCGUUCGCUAGGGCUCACUGGGGCUGGCUUUGUGUGGAUUGUUCCUAGUCUGACGACAGGAAAUCUUGAACAAACCCCGGAAGCCUUUCCGACGGGGAUGAUAUCUGUGGCGUACGAUGAAUGGGAUUAUCCCCUGGAGACGCGUGUGCAGGACGCUGUGGGAAUUAUCAGUUCUGCAGCCGCUACCAUGUUCAGAGAGGAAGGCCGGAUACCUGAUGGAACGGCUAGCUGCUACGGCCAAUCAGAGAAGCCAGAGGUGCCGCCAAGUGCUCUGCGCAGAUAUAUGAUGGGAGUCAAUCUAGGGGGUAGAGAUCAUUCGUUCAUGGACGAUGGCUACCAAGUCAAUCCCAAGCUGGUUGUCAUUGUUCUGAACACACAGAGGGAAUGGGAAAAGAUGGGACGAUGGGAAAACCAAACGCUGAAGUUGAAGUUUCCAGUUUGGCCACGUUAUAACUCAUUUGGGGACAAGGACGCUGAUGAGAACCACUUGAGCAUUGUGACUCUAGAGGAAAGACCCUUUGUUAUAGUGGAUGAUGUGGACAUUCUUACUGGCACAUGCAUGCGCAACUCUGUACCUUGCAGGAAACACAUUAAAGAUAAUACCACGGAUGGCUCCUAUAUCAAGAAGUGCUGCAAGGGCUUUUGUAUAGACAUCCUGAAGAAGAUUGCCAGAAAUGUAAAGUUCACCUACGAUCUUUACCUGGUCACAAAUGGCAAACAUGGCAAGAAGAUCAAUAAUGUCUGGAACGGCAUGGUGGGGGAGGUAGUCUAUAAAAAGGCUAUAAUGGCUGUGGGCUCAUUGACCAUAAAUGAAGAGCGGUCAGAGGCCAUAGACUUCUCUGUCCCAUUUGUUGAGACAGGCAUCAGUGUGAUGGUGUCACGUAGCAAUGGAACGGUGUCGCCCUCUGCGUUUCUAGAACCCUUCAGUGCUUCAGUGUGGGUUAUGAUGUUCGUCAUGUUACUCAUCGUCACAGCAAUCGCUGUUUUCCUCUUUGAAUUCAUCAGUCCGCUUGGUUUCAAUAGAAACCUGGCACAGGGCAAAGACCCUCAUGGACCCUCCUUUACUAUUGGUAAGGCUGUCUGGCUGCUGUGGGGCCUGGUGUUCAACAACUCUGUCCCAGUACAGAACCCCAGGGGCACUACCAGUAAAUUUAUCGUGUCCGUAUGGGCCUUUUUCGCUGUGAUCUUCCUAGCCAGCUACACUGCCAACUUGGCUGCCUUUAUGAUCCAAGAGGAGUUUGUGGACCAAGUAACAGGCCUUAGUGACAGAAAGUUUCAGAGUCCCUAUUCCUAUUCACCACCGUUUCGCUUCGGGACCGUGCCUAAUGGGAGCACAGAGCGAAACAUCAGGAAAAACUACCCAGACAUGCACCAGUACAUGGUGAAAUACCAUCAGACUGGAGUUCAGGAUGCACUGGUCAGCCUCAAGACGGGUAAACUGGAUGCUUUCAUAUAUGACGCUGCUGUGCUCAACUAUAUGGCGGGGCGUGAUGAUGGCUGUAAGCUAGUAACUAUUGGCAGUGGCUACAUCUUUGCCACAACAGGAUAUGGCAUCGCCCUGCAGAAAGGAUCUUACUGGAAACGGCUGGUUGACCUUGCUAUCCUUGGGAUCAUUGGAGAUGGUGAGAUGGAGGAGCUGGAGGCCCAGUGGCUGACUGGUAUCUGUCAUAAUGAGAAGAAUGAAGUGAUGAGCAGUCAGCUGGAUGUGGAUAAUAUGGCUGGUGUGUUCUAUAUGCUCGCGGCUGCCAUGGCUCUGUCGCUAAUUACUUUUGUCUGGGAGCACCUCUUCUACUGGAGGCUACGUUACUGUUUCACUGGUCUCUGUUCUGGUCGGCCAGGAAUUCUCUUCACUAUCAGCAGGGGGAUUUGGAGUUGUAUUCACGGUGUCCAUAUUGAGAUGAAGAAAGCUCCAGAGUUGGGCUUUAGUCCUCAGGCCAACAUGUUACACCUUCUGAAAUCGGCUAAAGAGAUCACGACCCUCGGAGUUACCUCGCCCAAACAGCCCAUGAGUAACAUUCUCCGUCCUACCACGGGUUUGCUGGAGAUUAUGGACGGUGCAAAAGGCAACAACCUCGCCCAGAAAAACGAUCCCUAUAGCAAUGCCAGCACCAUGCUCAGCAACCGUCACAAAGAGCCACUUAACAAUACUCUGUUGCCAGGGCAACGUGCCCUGAGCUUGACAGAUGCUCAGCCAGGUGUUGCUGGAAACGGUGGCUCGGGAGGCGGAGGUGAGACUGCUCGACCUCCAGCCUCCAAGCCACGUGCUCUGUGGAAGAAGUCUGUGGAGACUCUGCGGCAGAACCAAGGACCUGGGGGUAAUUCCCCACCAUCUUCCCCACAGCCCACCGAGACCCUACCUAUGAAGAGCCAGCGCUACCUGCCUGAAGACGCACCCGCCCGCUCGGAUAUGUCAGAUUGCUCUGGUCGGGUGGACUUGCAAAAGCAGCACAAGUUAAAAGAAACACUUCGGAAACGGAACCGCCUACCGCGGGAUCUGAGCGACAUGGAGCUUUCAACUCUGCGAAGCCAGCCCAGCCAGCAGAGUAAUCACAGCGCUCAGAUCUACUCUCAGAGCAGCCAGGGGAGUCAGAUUUAUACCAUUGACUCCAUUGAUCAGGAGCAUAGCCUGCACUACCCAGAUAUCUUCAGCGAUCACCGCGAUAACAAGCACCGGCCGUCCUCUUCCUCUGAGCAGCAGCCAAUCCUGCAGCUCAACAGCAGUCUGCUCUCCCAGGCCCACGAACCAGAUGUGAUGCAAACCGCCGUCGCGAAGGAUAAGAAAUACAACACGUACGGAAAGCCUGGCGGUGCAGGGACCAUCGCCGGCGGGCCUGGCUCUACUCAGGAUCCACGACAGACACACUGCCGUAGCUGCCUGUCGAAAGUGGCCAGUUACUCUGGGCUUUACACUGUACGGUCCCCUCAGUAUCGCUGCGAUGCCUGUCUGCACUCCGCAAACCUGUACGACAUCAGCGAGGAUCAGUUCCUCCAUCCAGAUGGACGGGGCACUGGCGGUGGAAGUGUUGACAGGGCCUUCUCUCCUUUUCUCCCUCAGCCUGAUGCUUCCUUCACAGCCUAUCUUCCCCAGAGUGACCAAGAGGGCGACGGUCUUAUUAGUCACUACCAGAACGAGGGCGUAAUCAUCCGCCAGCACUCGUAUGAGAACCUGCCCCAGAAGAGUUCCUCACGGCGGGUCAGUCUGCAGGACAACACGCCAUAUGCCAACGUUCCCUCUGCGACUCUGAUCCCGGACAAGCCCCCAAAAAAUCAGUCGGUCCACCUAAACCACACGCUCGCGGGGGUGGGCGUCAGUGGACUCGGGAUCGGUCGUCGCAGCAAGUCGAUGUAUCCGGCGCGCCCUACGGAAAACCCGUUUCUCCAGACGCUUCGUGAUGACCAGCGUCUAGCUCACGGCCGCAGCUCCACAGACAUUUAUAAGCAGCUUGUGCCGCUCACAUUAGGCCAGGCCGAUGGCAAUGUGCUCAGCGUGGGGAUGCCGACCCCUGACCUCUAUUACUCCGAGCAUGUCAUGCCUUAUGUAGCCCCUCCCCCUGUCGGCACAUACACCGCUCCCAGGGCAAUGAGCGCUGGGGGAGCUCGGCGUGUCUACAAGAGGAUGCCGAGCAUCGAGUCUGAUGUCUGAUGGAGAGAGUGCAGCGUGGUCUGGAAGACUAUGAAAAGACGUGCAUGGAUAUUUCCACCAGGAUAUGGCUUAACCGUGGAACUCUUGGCAGGAUUGUAAAGCUUUUUGACUAUAAGGCAAGCAAGUCUGGAAUAUAUUUUGUUUCCCUUCUUGGACUUAUCUGUCUGAACAGAAGUCAGAGUUCAACUUUACAUCAGGUCCUCCCCUCUAGCCGAGCGGCAGCUCUGUGUCUUCCAGAAAACAUCAAAAAUGGUGGGCAGGACGCUCUCGCGCCUUCGAGCGAAGGAAGAGCAGCAAAAGCUGCUUGGAAGUACAGGGGCAGCUCCAAAGAGUUUCCUUUUUCACGCAACACGAGCAACCAAAAAAUUUAGUAAAUAAAAACCUGAGUGAAUACCCACAUUCAGCACUUUUACACACACAAAAAUACACAUGCACAUGCAAGAGGCACAAAUGAUCUCAAACUACUGAAAGGACAGCGUUAGGUAUAAACUAGAAUCUUUCUUGACCAAAAAACCGAGUACCACAUACAAUGUAAUAGCAUAAAUGACUGGUGUGCAGUUGCACACAAUCUGAAAUAAAUAAACGCUUAGCAGAUCCAAACCUGAUUGAGUUUUUUUGGAAAGGCGGCAGAGCAUCUGCUAGACUGUUUGAACGGCUUAUAAAUGCAUGUACGGAUGCAUUUCGAUGUAAAAGCUGCGCUGAAGCACGGUCCACAAAGCCUGCUCAGAGUUCAAAGAUUAGAUUUCCAUUCCAGCCUGAACUGUGACAAAAUGCACUACCUGUAUGAUUAGUCUCGGGUGUAAUCUCUGAAAUCAAGUACGUUAGAAAAUUUCAGAGAAGGAAAACUCGAUGCACACAAGGCCUGCGACUCAUUGUGUCUCUGAGGACACCAAGUGGAAAAAUCUUUGACCCUCCCCACCCUUGAAUCCGUCCGUACCUUGCCUGCAUGCAGAGCGCAAAUGCAGGAAGACACUCCUCUGCUCACAGCACAACAGUGUAGUAAGUGUCAAUGUUCAUUCAUCUAAAUUUUAUCAUCUUGAGCAUAUUUCUAUAGUUGUCUAGAAUAUUGAAAAAAGUGAUAGUCAAUUUUUACAGUUUUCUACACUGCCAAAUAUUUGAAAAAGGUGUGCCAAGUGUAUUUAUUGUGUUAUAGAGAGGAAGACUGCAGGAAAAGAAAUGCAGGGAAGUGACAGAAAAAGAGGUAUACCGUCUUUUUGUGGUCGUAAGGGAUUCCGAGAAGGCGUAGAAAAUGUAAAAGCCCACACCAACUAAUGAUGUCAAUACAGAACCACCAAGAUAUAAAAAGUUCCUCUUUGCCUCAACACACAAACACAUCACUUCCUGUAGAAUCCAAUCACACACUCAUACUUCACAAAUAUUUUUGGUUGUUUUGAAUUAUAAUGGUCGUUCCAGCGAUAUGCACAAUAUCAGGUUGCAAUAUUAUAUUUAUGUAUGAAAUUUCCUAGUUUUAAUGUUUUAUUAUUAGUUCCUUUCAUUUUAUGAAUUGUUAUACAUGUGGAAUUCAUUUAUUAAUGUGAUUUAAUUGCGUAUAUAUAUUUAAAAGAAAAAAGCUAACAGCAUGUUAAUCUUCUCUAUGGUCAAACUUUUAGAAUUGUUCUUUUUGAUUUUGAUGUGAAUGGGAGUAUAUGUUUACAGUGAAUGUGAAAAUAUGGAUUCAUCUCAGAUGUGAUUUUGAUUCUCAUUUGAAUACAAACAUAAAACUGUCCUAUGACCAAACGGUAACUGGAUCACCUUUCUUUGCUGUGUUUUCAGUAAACGCGAAGUGAGGUUAACCGGUAACACUUUACA